AUGAGGCCUGACGACCAGUUCCAUGACUACACUCUGGCCUCCAAGCUCGAAAGGUUUGCGGCUGCUGUCGAGCAAACCCUCGUAUCAUGGCAGCGUACAGGCCUCGCGGAGAUUAUCCAUCGCGGCUACCGAGCUCGCAUCAAAGAGCAGCCCAGCCAAGUAAAGGUGGUGGCAAGUCUGCAACACAGGCUCCCCUGGAGACGGGAGCCGUACAUUCUGCAGCUCCAUCUGCCCACGGCACUGGCCCUAGGUCGCAACGGCGGCAACAGUGCGCCGUACAGCUCGUCCCAUGUUGUACAACAAUCUCAGGCAACGGCACCUGCUGGAGGUGCUGACGGUGACGGAAGUAGCGGCAGCCGCGGCGGCGGUGAGGCGGAUCCAGGUUGGGAGGUUGGCGUGGAUCUGGAUCUUACGGAGCUCCUGUCACGGAUCGACACCAUCGUAAACGACACGGAAUUACCGGAUCUGGAUUUCGCAAACCUGGAGGAUUCUAACGAAUCCGGGCGGCGCAGCAGCGGCGGCGGCGACGGCGGCGUGGAGUCGGACCAGGGCGAUGAUGACGGCGGUGACGACGGCGGCGGUGCUGUGCCACCACGGUACGUAGGGCACAAGCACCAGUCACAGCCGAAACGUGAGCAGCAGCAUGUGAAGCAGCAGAUGCAAACGAAGCCGGAGGGGCCCGGUCUAGGGCAGCUGAUGGAACCGAGCAUGCAAACGCCAGGACGGAACCAGCUACAGCCGCCGCCGCCGCCACAGCAGCAGCAGCAGAUCGCCGCGCCGUCGGGUUACAUCGCUGGUGGCGGGGCCGGUGACGCCGCCGCUACCGCUGCCGCCGCCGCGUCGGCGCGUCUGGCUGCCGUUUGGCCCAGCGGCCGACCCACGGGUCUGCCGUGGUGGCUACCCACCUACCAGCACAGACUGCAGCGCUGGUUCGGGCUGGAUGCCUUCCUGCUGCUGCACCCUGCCAGUUUCAGUCGCCGCAUCCUGGACGAGACUGAGGCUGGCUCCCUGCUGGGUGCCUCGUCUCAGGCCCUCUCCGCCGCGGGCCUCAGCUGCCCCCUGCUACUGCCCGUACAUGACGGCUUGCGUGACGCGUACUGGGGCGCCGCUGUGCUGGGGGGGGUGGGGUGCCUCCACUUGCGGACCGACAGCGUCCACAUCAGCAGCCCGCCGCAGGCUCUAACCCAGCUGCCCGCUCAGCUCCGGGCCCUGGCCGAGCAGCUGAUGCCCUUCAGCCCCCUCGCAGCAGCGGCGUGUGUACGGGCAUUGCAGAUGGGAGAGCAGCAGGAAGGGGUCAUGGAGGCGUCACGCGCCAUGCCUGCCGGGGAAGGUGACGCCGCAGCAGCUGGCGGCGGCGGUGGCGUGUACGACGGCGUGUACGACGGGAUUCAUGUGACGUGGUCCGCCUGUUUCACGUUUCGGGUGAUGCCGCCAAGUUCCCGUUUGAGAGCGCAAGUGGAGAAGUGGGGGGCGACGGCAGCUGCAGCGGCAGCAGCGCGCCGUACCGUGACGGCGUCGGCGGCAGUAUCCGCUGGUGGCGCCGCUGCCACCGCGGCGGAACAAAAGCAGCAAGCCGUACAGCCCUUUGCCUCCGUCCGUUGGAUCCGCUCGCAUCCGUUGGAUGCUUGGCAUCAUGCAUCGUCGCCGUCGCCGUCGGCGGCAUCGGCGGCGGCGGCGGCAUCACUGGGGGGUGACGACAGCGGCGGCGCCUCGCCGCCGCCGACCUCACCCCCGACGACGCACAUACGUGACGUUGGUGAGGGCGUCGGGGAGUAUGAUGGCGGUGGCGGCCGCCAGUACGGCGCCCACGGCAUCGGCGAUGACGGCUUUAGCAUGUUCCCUGACGCCGACCCAUGGGACGCUCAUGCUCCCUGGCAACCCUGGGCCGUACAAUCGGAUCCAGUCGGCACUGGCGGUGUUGGCGGUGGUGCGGGGGGCGGAGGCAUGUGGGGGCGCGUGGGGCUGAGGCCGCGGGAGGCGCAGAGGCGGCAUGUAGAGCUGCAAAGAGCGGGUGCUGACUGGCUGUGGAGCGCUCUGGCGGCGGAGUCCUGGCGGCGUCCCGGGGGUCAGCCACCCCCCACUGUGACGCCCGUGUCGUCAGCUAGCCAGGUCUCGAUCCCGGGAUCUCCCGAGGGCAAUGGUCCGUGCUCUACCAGUAGUGCCUGGUGUAUGUGUGCGGGUCGGAAGAAGAAGGUUGGUCCUGGGAGUUUCACCGUUAUGUUGUCCAGUAUGCUGACUGGUCGUACACUGGCCGCGGAGGCAGAGGGAGAGGAUCUGUUCAACCACGCCGCACCGCGGCCGCCGGCUGACGAAGACGGGCUGGUCGCUGGCGGCAGCGGCGGAGACAGGCUUCCGCCGUACCAGCGUACGGCACCCUUUCAGGGAUUGCUUUCACGUUUUGCGCUGCAUGCGCUGCUGUUUGGUAACGCCCGCGCGGUGGUUUGGCUGUGGCAAAGCACCGCCGCCGCCGACACCGCCAUUGCCAGCACCGCCGCCGCCGACACCGCCAUUGCCAGCACCGCCGCCGCCGACACCGCCAUUGCCAGCACCGCCGCCGCCGACACCGCCAUUGCCAGCACCGCCGCCGCCGACACCGCCAAUGACAGAGCCGACGACGACGACGACACGGCCGCCGCCGGCAACGCUGGCGGUACGGAAUCCGAUGCUGCCGACGGAGGCAAACGUAAAGACGAUGGCGACGUUACUGAAGGUGACGACGGCGGCGGCGGCAGUGACGGUGGUUCGCGGGGUUUUUCCGAUAUUGAGCGGCUGUUGCGGCAGCAGCAGCAGCAACAACGGCACGAGGAUCCCCCACCCCCGUCCCCCAAUUUGAAACACUGCUUGUUGCAUCAAAAGCUGCAGGUGUUGGACGUGUGUAUCUACAGACGCAAGAUGCUGGCAAGGCAGCAGCACCUGGUACGGCACCUGGAGGACGAGCAACUGAAACUGCAACCGCCAAUCCAACCGCCACAACCACCACUACAACCACCUAGCCAACGCCAUCCAGACGCCGUUGUUCCAGGCGGAUGGGAGUGGGGCCCGGAUGCGUUGUUGUUGUUGGCGGCGCUGUUUCGUCUCGCCGCCAGUUGUGGAACCCCGAGCGCUCCGGUACUUAGCGAGGAUCGCAUGCUGGAGCGACAAGCGGCACUGGAGGGACUGGCAGCGCAUCCACAAGGCGGUGAGCUGGCCAGAAAGAUGAACAGCGAACAGCUGGUGUCAGAUAUGGCCGCAUUUAAGGCCGCCAAUGCGGGCGGUGGCUGCUCCUACUCCGACUUUAUCGCCUGCCGCCACGUCCCUCAUUGGCCCCGUACACCGCAAUCCUUGGCGCCAGCUCUGGGAGAGCACUGCGGCGUGUCCUGUUUGGAAACAGAAACCGUUACAGCUGCCGUACAGCUUCUGGCGGCCAGUGACGGCGGGUCGUUGCCGCCGGUGGCGUCUCUGCUACGACAGUACGUCAGGAUUUCCGCGCCCAUCAUCAAGCGCGGCUGUAAUCUCGCAGCGGACUCCCUUGCCGCUGCCGUACCCCAGCUGUACGAAUCUGCUUCCGUACCUCCGCCGCGGACGUCUCUUUCAACGGCGGCAGCGGCGGCUGCUCGCGAAGGCAGCGGGGGCCAGCACGAUUUGACUCCCCCCACGUCCCGACCCGAUCAUCAUCGUCAGCAGCAGCAGCAACAAGAGCACCAACACCAACACCAACACCAACACCUUAACAAUAAUAUUGAUAAUUGCCAUAAUGUGCAACAACAGCAAAGGCAACAGCAGCCGACGGCGACGACGAGGAUGACGACAAUGAGUACGACAAGUACGGCUCUGGUUGGGUGGGAGGAUGCGGAGCUCGAGUACCUGCUGGCGGAGUUUCACUACUUGGAACAGGCUGUCGUACUCGGCGAGAGCCUCGUACGGCGGCUGCCCGGCAAUAAGUCCCUCGCAGCGGAUUUGAUGACGGCCACCCUGCACGGCAGCUCGUCCCUGGAGGAAGGCCGUACUGUACUGCGUCCUGCGGCGUGGGUUGAGGGCCCGAUGGCGCGGCAGGCGCUGGCGGCGCUCCUAGCCGGCAGCUGCCCUCCGCCGCCGCCGUCGCCGCCGCCGCCGUCGGAGACUGAUUUGGACAGGGGGGGAGAUGACCUGAUAGUCAGCGGCCGCCGCCGCCGCCGCGACGGCGGCAGCGACGACGGCGGCUGCAGCGACGGCAGCAAUCCCGUGUUCAGUACGGCACUCUGGCCGCCGCCUUGCAGCCGCGAGUGGCUGUUGCGGGUCGAACAGCCGCUGGGGCCCGGGGCACGGCUGCAGCAGCGCUGGCGAGACGCUGGCGCCGCUACCGAUACCGUUGCCAGAUCAUCCUCGGCGCCGUCGGCGACUACUCCACCCGCUACUGUGCCGUCGGCACCGUCGUCGUCGGGGUCGGCGUCGGCGUCGGCGUCGUCGGCGGCGGCGGCGGCACCGUCGUCGUCGUCGGCGGCGGCGGCAACAGAACGCGUUGCUGCAGCUGUAGCGGAGGAGACGCAGGCGACCCACACAGACGAGACGUACGACAGCGACGGCAAGGGCCGACGCGGCAGCCCCGGCGCUGGCGCGGCUGUGGCGAUUAGCGUAGCAUAG